GAAAUGUUUUCAACCCAAAACAAUAAUAUGGUCUCGUUGGAGCUGGAGGCUAUUACUCCGGCGCCGGUUAACACGUCCAGCCCCCGAAUCUCCUUCUCCGCUGAUUUCCUCAACGAGGAUGAAGUCAACUUGAUGAGCCUCAGAAUUUCUCCAGCCUCCAAAGGGAGUGAAACGGAGAAGGAGAGGUUAAGAAACCCAGAUUUCGAGUUUCUUUCGGGAGAUUUGACUAGCCAGGCCAUGAUAAGCACUGCAGAUGAGCUUUUCUUUGAGGGGAAAAUGCUGCCGUUUUUGCAGAAACAACAGAGCAAGAUUGAAUUGAAGGAGGAGAAGGAGGUCAACGGGCCAGCUGAUCAGGAAGAAAGGAAAACUAAGAGGGGAGAAAAAGAAGAAGAAGAGGUUAAUAAGAAGGAGGAGAGUAAUAGAAUGAAUAAUAAUUGGUUUCUGGACGAAGACCCAUCUCCCCGGCCGCCGAAAUGUACUGUUUUAUGGAAAGAGUUGCUGAGAUUGAAGAAGCAACGUCCUCCUCCCCCGUCUUACCUGUCACCAUCAUCGUCAUCUUCUUCUUCUUCAUCUGGUUCGACUUUGGGUGAAAUAGAUCAGGAAGCAGCUGUGAAGGAGAAGGAGAAAGAGAAAGAGAGGAGAAUUAAGAAAGGUGGGCUGGAGAGGACAAGAUCAGCCACUAUAAGGAUAAGACCAAUGGUUAAUGUCCCAAUCUGCACUCAUACAAAAUCCAACUCACUUCCUCCACUCUUCUCCCAAAGGUCUCAAGGAGGGAUUAGGAACAGUACAACUACUACUGCUAGAGAUCAUCAACUCAGGCACAAGUAGUAGUAGUAAUUAAUUCAAUUCAUUUCCUUCCCAUCUCUAUUUCUCUUGAUUUUGUCUUUCUUUCUACUCUUUUAGAUUCAAUUCCCAUCUUUUCUUUUUUUAUUUAUUGUUUGUUCUUCUUAGUAUGGAUAUGAGUUAGUAGUUACUAACUAGCUAGUUUCAAAGAUGAGGAUCUAUUGUACCAUAGUGUAAAUCAUGUUAAUUUUUUACCUCUUCCAUAAAUACUCUUUUAUUAUUGAA